UGCCAGUCCCAGGCAGGCACUGUGAGUGGCAUGGCUCCCUCAGAGGACUUCAGGGACUGGAGAACCAGCCUCAAAGACACCGGCCUAGAGACCAGCUCUGGUGGGAAGCGGGCCCGCUGUCACAAGGCCAUCCCUACGGCUCACAUGACUUUCGUUAUUGACUGUGUCCGUGGGAAACAGCUCUCCCUAGCAGCUCCCCGAGUGCCGCCCCAAGUCCCCAGCCCUAGCCGGGGACCUGCUACUCUGCCAAUGAAGACCUAUAUUGUGUUCUGUGGGGAAAACCAGCCCCGAUCAGCUUUGGACAUCCCCCGGGGUGGGGGGUGCCUUGCCCAGGCCAAGGAUGCCCUGCCACCCCGCCCACCCCGCAGAGGGGCUGUGGACCCUGCUUCCCUCCCAGACAGCCCGCCCUGCCCCCAGGGGACUCCUAAAGCCAAGGGGAGGCCCCUGAAGACUGGGCCUGCGAGGUCUUCAACCUGGGGGACAGUCAAGGGCUCCCUCAAAGCCCUCUCUUCCUGUGUCUGUGGGCAGACGGAUUAACGGGAAGGGCCAGGCUGUGGGAGGAGGGGUUGGCAUGCCAGGUCCCAAUGCUCAAGGGCUGUGACUCCCAGGCCAGCUUCCUGUCCCCUGGGCCUACUAAAGGACAAAGGAAACAGCCAAC